CCUGUUUGCGCAUGCUCAGUGUGUCACGCUGUCAUGGACCCGAAGAGGAAGCCUUUUGCCAGCAGAAUGCACACAUUUCACACUAUCUUGGAUGAGCACACACUGCCGAAGUCAGAAUGAAUGACAUGAACCUCAGCCCUGUUGGGAUGGACCAGUUAAGUGUGCCCGCUGUGAGUGCCAGUCAUCUGGGUCUACCCACCUCCCCAACACACAACCCCAUCACUACACCAGGCAUGUCUGUGGCUAUACCCAGCCUGGGGCCCUCUCUUGGGUCUCUGCCCUCUGCUCUGUCGCUCAUGCUGCCAAUGGGUCCUCUUGGUGACCGAGGGGUCAUGUGUGGCCUUCCAGAGAGGAACUACUCAUUACCUCCCCCCCCCUACCCACACCUGGAGAGUAGCUACUUCAGACACAUACUGCCAGGUAUUCUGUCUUACCUGGCAGACCGGCCUCCCCCUCAGUACAUUCAUCCCAGCAGUCUGAACAUGGACGGGACUCUCUCUGUGUCCAGCCAGAACCCCUCAGGGCUGGACCCUUACAGUGGCCCUGGAGGCCCUCUGGAACAGGGCCUGGUGUCCCUGGACUCCCGUCAAGUCAGUGGCCAGGGAGACCUCCACCAGGGUGGGGGCCACGAGGUGCAGCUGGACUCCACAGGGCUGAACAUGGAGUCCCGGGUCAGCAGCCCCAUGUCCCCAGACAGGAUGGGAGAGGACCUGGCCAACAUGGAGGGGGUGGUGGGGGCUGAGAACCAACAGCAGCUGGGAGGGAGGGGCCAGAACCACGAGGGCCUGGGAAGAGUUGAGUCCUCUGGGGGCGUGAUGCCCCUGCACGGGCCUGGCCUGGAGCUUCCUGUGGGGAUGGAGCCAGAGCACCUAGGGGGCCGGGUGGGGAACUCAGGGGGAGGCGGUCUGGGGGAGUCUUUACACAGCUCAGGGGAGCUGAACUCUGGGGUGGUGAGUGUGGUGCUCACCCAGUCCCAGCUGGAGCCUGUGUCCCUCCAUGGUCAUUCUGGCAUGGGCCUAGAUCCGGUGAACGUGUCCCCCAUCACGGCAGAGGUGUCCAUGGGGCCAGAGAACAGCCUGUUGCUGGUCAAUUCCACCCUGCAGCUGGAGGACUCCACCUCCAACAAGGAGAACAUGGUCACUGCCUUCACCAUCUGGUGUACGCUGUGUGAGCGCUCGUAUCCCUCCGACUGCCCAGAGCACGGCCCAGUCACCUUUAUCCCUGACACGCCCAUCCAGAGCAGAGCCCGUCUCUCCCUGCCUCGCCCGCUCUGCCUCCGCAUCUCUGUAGCUGAUGAGCCUUUUGGAGUGUUUGCUCGGGACAUCAUACCUCCCAGGACCUGCUUUGGACCCAUGGUGGGUCAGCACUGUAGCAACGUAGACCUGCAAGACUGGCCAGACAAGGACACCCCUCAGAUAUGGAAGAUGUUCCACAACAACGUGCUGGAGUUCUGUAUCGUGACCACAGAUGAGAAUGAAUGCAACUGGAUGAUGUUUGUCCGCAAGGCAAGGACCAGAGAGGAGCAGAACCUGGUGGCCUACCCCGACAACGGGAAGCUGUUCUUCUGCACGUCCACUGAGAUCCUCCCAGACCAGGAGCUGCUCUUCUACUACACCAGGGACUACUGCAGGCAGAUGGGGGUCCCUCAGGUCCCAGAGGGCCAGGUGUGCCAGUGCGGCAAAGAGUGCCAGUCCUUCGCCGAGCUCAAGUCCCACCUGAGCAGCCACAACAACCACGGCCAUUCCCACAGCCCCAGCCAGGACCACCACCAGGAGGGCAAGCUGCCCAGUGGUACCUCCAUCUCCUCCUCAUCCCCCUGGGCCUGCCACUCCCACAACAGCAGCCUCUCUCAUAACACUAACAACUCUGGCUCCAACACACACAGACACUCGCUUGAGAGGAAGUACAAGUGCAGUAUGUGCUCGCGGGCGUUCACCACGUCCACUAAGCUCAACGUGCACUUCAUGGGACACGUGGGGAUGAAGCCGCACAAGUGUGAAUACUGCAGCAAGGCCUUCAGUGAUCCGAGCAACCUGAGGAUGCACCUCAAGAUACACACAGGUCAGAAGAACUACAGGUGUAAUGUGUGUGAGAAGUCGUUCACUCAGAAGGCCCACAUGGCGUCUCAUAUGGUGAUUCACACGGGGGCCAAGAACUUCAAGUGUGACCUGUGUGACAGGAUGUUCAUCAGGAAGCAGGACCUCAAGCAGCACAUGUUCACACAUACACAAGAGCGUCAGAUCCACUGCCCCAAGUGUGACAAACAUUUCUUGAGGACCAACCACCUGAAGAAGCACAUGAACUCCCAUGAGGGCCGCCGGGACUACAUCUGUGAGAAGUGUGAGAAGGGCUUCCUCACCAAAUACCACCUCACCAGACACCUCAAGAUCUGCAAAGGCCCCAAGACUGACCGUGGGGCCCAGGAAGAGGAGGGGGAGGAAGAGGAUGAUGAUGAUGAUGAAGAUGAUGAUGAAGAGGAAGGAGAGGAAGUCGAGAGACUGAUAGAUCCAGAUAGCAGAGAAGACUGUGGGUUAGAGGGAUAUGAUUCUGAGAAACCUUUGUCCCCACACAAUUGACUGUGACCUCAAUGUGCCAUUACUAGAAAUGCUAAUUUAUUUACUUAUAUUUAACUGUUUAGUUUGUUUUGCCAAAAUCUCAUUUGUUGUGUCAGGUUCAGGUUUAUUUUCAAAUAUCAGUUUAACAUUGGGCACAAUCAAACAAGGAUAACCCAGAUUUUGAUGUAGAGGUAUUGUAUGUGCUUAGGAUUCAUGUUUUAUUUCUUCAGGUACAUUUCCCUUGCCUAACAGCUAAUCAUCAAUUGUUUUCCUGUUGCUCUAUCAUCGCUCCAUACAUACAUCAGUAUGAAACUGCCAUCCUAGAAGAGGUAUUGUAUGUGCUUAGGAUUCAUGUUUUAUUUCUUCAGGUACAUUUCCCUUGCCUAACAGCUAAUCAUCAAUUGUUUUCCUGUUGCUCUAUCAUUGCUCCAUACAUACAUCAGUAUGAAACUGCCAUCCUAGAAGUCGUUUGUGCCGACGUGAUGUGAUUCAUGUAGGCUGGCUUUGGCCCAUCCAAUUGGUCACUGGGACCAAUCAGAAUGUGUUUGCAUUCUUAAAGAGUCGGGGAGGAAAGCAAAUUCAAGACUCAUAGAGAACAAAUGUUAGCUGGUGUGCCAUUUGGCCGGAGCGAUGUGGCUGGGUAGCCAGGCAAUAAUCAUCCUAGAAAAAGUUAUGUUUUAACUCAAAAGCCAUGGCCUUUUAACACACAAUAGUUAUUUUUUUUAACAGUGGUAAUCUUUUUAUGGAAUAGAUACUGAGUUUGAGUCUCUCUGGAUGCUGACGGCUAGGUAGAUGCUGGCUCUGCUGCUGGUUGAAUGUUGAAGAAUGUUGAUGUGUCGGCCACAUCUUUUUGUAUGUAUGUAUGUGCAAAUAUAUGAAUGAUGUAAAACGUC